AUGUCCAAGUUACGGAAACGAGAUGUGCUCAGUGAUGUACUCAUCGAUGGCAGUGAAAUGACCUCUGUGGCCUACCAGGAGCCAGAGUACUGGUGUUCUAUCUACUACUAUGAGAUGAACACGCGUGUCGGCGACACUUUUCAGUGUGCUUCACCUUGCCUUACUGUGGAUGGUUUCACAGACCCGAACCGGCACAAUCGCUUCUGUUUGGGCCUGCUCAGCAAUGUGAAUAGAAGUUCCCAGAUAGAACUGACAAGGCGACACAUUGGUAAGAUGCAGAGUAUUAUUUAA